UAAUCACCCAACCCCUAAAAUCCAUUAAUUAUAUUUUCACCCCCUGAGUUUUCCUCUCUCCAUACCAAUUUCACAGUUACCAAGACAAAAAAUCAAAAUUUUUUACAAAACCCUAGAAAUAAUAAAAGGAAAAAAAAAGAAAAAAGAAAAGAAGAAGAGAGAGAGAGUCUCUCUCUUUCUUUCUCUCUAUUUUUUCUAUCAACCAAACAGACCACAAACAGUAGAGAGAGAAACUGAGAUUUAUAGAGAGAGAAAGUGUGAAGCUUUUGCAGAUAAGAAUCCUCAUCUCUGCUUCCAUGGCUUUAACGUUUCAUAUUUUCCCCUAAUUUCUCUUCGGAUCUAAAAAAUCAAAAAAAAAAUCAAAAAAAACUUUUUUUUUUAAAUCUUCGGUCAUGCGGAGAGGUAGAGCAGCCGCGGCGGCGAGACAAGUUCCGGCGACGGAAGUUCCGGUACCGGCACCGGUGGCCGGAGAACACAACGGAUCUGGAGGAUCUAAGGAGAUAAGGUUCCGUGGAGUUCGAAAGAGACCAUGGGGAAGAUUUGCAGCAGAGAUUAGAGAUCCAUGGAAGAAAACUAGGGUUUGGUUGGGUACUUUUGAUUCUGCUGAAGAUGCUGCUCGUGCUUAUGAUGCAGCAGCUCGUACUCUUCGUGGACCUAAAGCUAAAACUAAUUUCCCUUUACCUUCUUCUCAUCAUCUACCUCCAUAUCCUCACCAUCAUCAGUUCAACCAAAGCAUCAACCCUAACGAUCCCUUUGUUGAUUCCCGGUUAUACUCUCAGGACCACCCAAUAGUUUCACAGAGACCUACUUCAAGCAGCAUGAGUAGUACGGUGGAGUCCUUCAGUGGACCACGGCCGCCGCCGCGGCAGCAGACGGCAGCUUCCGUGCCUUCCAGAAAGUAUCCCCGGUCACCGCCUGUUGUCCCGGACGAUUGCCAUAGCGACUGUGACUCGUCGUCUUCUGUCGUUGAAGACGGUGAAUGUGAUAACGACAACAUCGCUUCUUCCUCUUUCAGAAAGCCGUUGCCUUUCGAUCUAAACUUACCGGCACCGAUGGAUGACUUCAGCGCCGACGCAUAUGCCGAUGAUCUUCACUGCACAGCACUAUGUCUUUGACGAAAUGAUGGUUUGUGACCCACCUGUCAUUUGAUACCACUGCUUACCUAGUUUUUUUUUCUUUUUUGGGUGACCGGAAAAAAAAGCAAAAAAAAAAAAAGAAGAGGAAGGAGCCAUAGAAGAUAAGCUAAACUAUGUCUGCUAUGAGUCAAUCUGUUGUUGUAAGAGUAUUCACUUGUUUAAUUUAAUUCUCAUAUUUUAUAUCAUGGGAUUUCUUGAUAGGUGGAUGGAUCAGUGAUGUGAAAUUUGUUCUGAUUGUGUAUCUUAAAACUAUAUGUGACUUCUCAGCUGAAGGUGCCCUUUGUUGUUCGAAGUCGAAUUUAUAUAUAUUAUCGCUGAAGAUUAGAGGGUAACUUGUGUUCUUCCUUUGCUGUUAUCACGUGUGUAUGAUGUUAUCUUCAGUCCUUUCAGUUUAUGUAACUAUUGAGACUGUAUCUGAUCAUAUAUCAGUUGAGAAGUAUUCAUAUUUUGGGCUA